AUGCGCUACUUGAGAUCCUUUUUUCAAUCAAGAUCAGAUUCAAUUCCGGCUUUCUUUUCUUUCAACUUAGGGACUGUUCUUAGUGACUUAGUACAAAUUAAAGAUUUCGAUUGGAAUGGAAAUAUCACUGGGAAUUAUACAAUUAAAGAUAGACGUUAUGAUAGAGGCUUUACUGUUACGAUAUCUGUCUACUAUAUCAUCAGCAUUUUUAUUAUGAUUCCAACACUGUUGUUUGCUGUCAAAGCAUAUCUAGAUCUUGCGUAUAAAAAUGCGUAUUUACGGGCAGAUCUCUUAAGUACCAAACGGACAGUUCAAGAUAAUGUUCUUAAACAAUUGAGCAGUUUAAUGCAACAAUAUAUUGCGGAAAGAAAGAACGAAUUUGAGCAUAAGCGAAAAUAUGCAAAUAUAGUUGCGAGUGCUUACGUUGUUGACGCCAUUUUAUAUACUGGUUCAUUUAUCCUCUACAUUAUUAUGGAACAAGAUGAAACUGAUCUUAAAAAAUUAUUAACACCACAGCUAGAAGAUGCUGCCAACUGGGCCGCUAUGAUAUUCUACAUUUUAUCUGCAUUUCUUAUAUUAGUGUGUAUGUGUGUCGCAAAUUAUCAAGGUGAUAAAGUGAAAACCACUGCCCAAUAUAUCUACUCCACUCGAGAUAUGCAGUCGACGACCACUGCAGCUGCUUUAGAUUGUAAUGAACUUGCAAAAGCGGGUGCCGCUGUGACAACCUUAGAAAGUGUACUGGUGGGCCCGACGAUGAUACCUGCAAAUGCUGUAUACCCUGCCUUACCGAGUGUGCUGAGGCAACCCAUAACAACUUCGGAUGCUCUGCAUUCUAGUGAACUGCCAAAAAUCAAUGCCGCGGUAACAAGCUUAAAGAAUGCACUCUUAAAUUUGACCACGAAUGCAACAUCUCGCUUGUCUCGUGAAAGCCCGAUAUCUGACUCAGCAACCCUAGAAACCAUCUUGAAAUAUUUCGACUCCUAUGCAAGUUUUUGUUGGAUGGAAGUCCGCCCGAUAACCGUUCUUUUGUUCAUUGUUACACACGCAAUUAUGUGGGGUGUACCCAUUAUUUUAACACAGCAUUCGAAGGCCUUCGAGUUGAAAAAAAGUUAA